AUGAAAUUUCAGUACGAGUGUCCAACAUUUUGUUGUGAUAAUGGAAAAGUAAAACUUUCUCCUAUUGAAGUGCCUGAUGAACUAUAUGAAUUGUUCACUUCACAGACGGAAGAGGGAAAACAGUUUCGAAUAAACAUUCGUCUAUUUAACAGUAUGUUCUCUUUUACAUCAUUAGGGGUCAAAUUAGAUAAAGAACUUGCAUCUGCAAGACAAGGAAUCUAUACUUUUCGAGCUCAGGGAGUAGUGUAUCAUGAUCUUCCUAGCUUAUGGCCUAAAGAAGAUGGCCCUGAAUAUUUUCAGUUGUACUUUGUGGAAACAGAACGAGAGGUCGACAAUAGGAUGGGCAUAUUUCCAAACUCCUCUUUAUCUAAAUCUACGGUUAAGAAACUCAUUAACGUUUUAAAUAAUUUUGGUAGUUCUGAUGUUUUCAUUGGUUUCCAGAAGAAGGAAAAUACAAGGGAAGAAAAUUCAGUUCAGUGUGCCACUUCUUUGGUUCUCAAGCCCGGGGAUCACUACCAUCAAACUUCGACUGCAACUAUGUCCGGAUUGAAUGGUUACAUGGCUACUGUAACAAAUCUUAAGGACUCGACAAACAAGUGGCGAUGCACUGCGGUUCCUCUAGCGGCAAUGAUGAGUGUGAGGAGGCACUUGCGUGGUCCUGGAGCUGUUCCUAUCAGGAGGCCAGUUAUCCAUCCUUCUCCUAUUGACCUGAAAGCAGAGUCAUAUGCGGUCCUGAGAGAGAAAGCCUCAAGCUUUCUAUUAGAUGAUUUCUACAGAACUCCAGGUGGCAUUCAGUUUGAAGGACCUGGUGCAGGCGCCAAGCCUAUCACACUGACCAUAGAAGAGCAGGACUAUCUGGGUGAUAUCGAGAUACUACAAGCCUAUUUGGAGAAGGUUAGGACCAUUCCUGAAGCCUGGAUGCUCACGGGAGAUUCUCAAGGCAUCAAUAAGCUCGAUUGCGCCAGUAAAUGAUGUGCUCAAGUUCAUGUCGGCACCCCUCAAUACAGAGUUUCCUCUCUACCAGUUCAACUGAUUUUUGAAACCUCAUCACACACUGUUUUAGUCAGUGAAGAUCUGGGUGUCAUAUGACAUCAGUCCAGUAUAAAAUCUGGCCGAGAAUACAGGCACUGUUCUUUUGUAGCCUUAUUUUUUUGUGUGACAUAACCUUAUUGCAGAUACUGGGCAAAGAUCAAUAGCAAAAUAUACAUAGGAUAGCUUCUACAGCCUAAGCUGCCUGAGCACUUCACUCACAUAAUUUGAACAUUUUGUGAAAUAUUGCAUGCGGACUGAGCAAUAUGUUUCUCCAAUAAAGAUCCAUCAGUAUUAUUCUAUAUAUAUCCAACAUGAUUUCACCCUUUAAUUUCAACUUUGCACGUAUGUUUGCCAAAUCAUAUAAAAGCACACACCAUAUUAUAUAGACUCCUAUUGGUUCAACAUUCAACAAAAUCAUGCACAAAGGCACAGAAAUUUUUGUCAUUACAAGCCUAGAAAUGACAGGCAACUCUUCGCACAUCCAAGAUGAUAGUUUUCACUCUGAACAUCUCUAUAAGGCCAGAAGAAACUUAGUAAGUUUUACAGCAGCAGCAGCAACAACAACAACAA